AUGCAAAACAGCACUUCAGACUUUGGAAAGCAUCAAGGCAUCUCUGAACUUGCGUUAUCGUUGGUGCGGGUGAGUCGUAUUGCAAGACAUGCACACACCAAACUUGCACACAGAGGUCAACUCCUUUUCCCGGCACCAGAGCACACGCUGACACAAAGAGACCAAAUCGUCUCGUCCAAGUCUCGGUGCGGAGUGGCACUUAACUACUUCCCCGGUUUGGAGAAUUAAAAGCAAGUUGUGUUCAUUAAACUUGCAUUAUGAGACAAAUAAGAUCAUUCCCCCCUCUGCCUGCUUCAGAGGUAAUCCGAUUCCUUCACUGAAUAAACCUUCAGUUGCCACUGAGCCAUUAAGGAAGCGGCUUAUUGCCUCCAAAAAUAGACAGACAAUCAUAUUAAAGCGCCAGCAAUUUCCCCAGGGUUGGCGCUCUCUCUGCGCUGCAUAUAGGAUUGUUGGCUAACCAGAAAAAAAAGGAGGCUUCUUGUUGUUGUCGUCAGUGGAUUUCAGCUAUUUUAACAGGUCAGAGACAUGGAAACUCAGGCCCAGGGGCCAAGCCACUCUACCUGGCCCUCAGGACUCUUCCUACACCACACCCCUUCCCUAGCCACACCCCUUCUCCCCAGGCCACACCCCUCACUGGCCCUGCUCCCAACCCCACUCCACACCAGACCCAGGAGAAACUGGGCUUUAUACCCCAGGAAACCUGGGGAAUUUGCCACUGGGUCUUAACUCUUGGAUCUGCCCCCCGUGCCCAGGAAUCUCUGCUCCUAGGCAUCCUUCAGAUACCAGACCUUUAUUUAAUUUAAUUCCUGCUGCUGGAAGAAUGAGAAAGAUUCAGUACCUAAUUGUGCAUAUUAGGGAAGAUUACAUAUGGGGAAAUGUUCAUAUAGUACAAUAAAUUCACACUAAAAUCCUAAUGAAUUUUCAUAGUUAUUUUUAAAUUGAUGUUAUUUUUAAAUUUUGAUGUGAUCAUGUAAUUGUUAUUUUGUAUUUUUUUUAUUAAAAAAAAUGGAUUGAUUUUAGAACUGUGAACCACUUAGAAGCCAUCUAGUGGUAUAUCAAUCAAUCAAUCCAACACUGGUGAAACAUUUUUAAUGCGCUGCCUCGUCUGUUUGCUCAUUGCAGAUUUUUCUUGCUGCAUUAUCGUUUGUUUACUUUGCGAAAGCUCUGUCAGGAAGUUACCUGAAAAGUACCAUCACCCAAAUAGAAAAAAGAUUUGAUAUCCCUUCGUCCCUGGUUGGCCUGAUAGAUGGCAGCUUUGAAAUUGGUAUGUGACACACACAGCAAAAAAUUUUUGCUAUAUAGGCAGAUGACGAGCUAAGUGUGCCUAAGUUAGUUUCUCCUUGCUUCUUAAAGGGAACCUUUUAAUAAUAAUCCUGGUCAGCUACUUUGGAGCCAAACUUCAUAGGCCAAAGAUCAUCGGAGCCGGUUGCCUGAUCAUGUCAUUCGGAACAUUUUUGAUAGCCAUGCCGCAGUUCUUUAUGGGACAGUAAGUACGCCACAAUUUGUAGCUGCCGUUUCGCAAACAAAUGUGUAGAGCUUAAUCGCUCCUUCUGUUUCCAAAGUUCAGGGGUGAGUGCCAUUGCUUGUGUAGAUAAAAUUGCACCAUUCAUGCUCAGGGAAACUCCAAGGCUGCAGAACUAUGGGUAACUUGGGGGGAAGGGCACAAUACGCUACGAUACGAUACGAUAAUCUUUAUUAUCAUUGUCUUAUACAGAACAACAACAUUGAAAAAAUCUACGGGGAGGGGGAGCCAGAGAACAGUCUGAGAGUGCUGAAUGGCCAUGUAACAUUGAGUGGCUGUUGGAGGGACCCCCCACCCAGAAAAACAGGUGGAAAAAUAAAUGGAAUAGAGUAUUCUUUUAAAAGGGGGCAUGUCUGGCUGGCUUGCAUUUCAUACUGCAAUGUUUUGCAGUCUUUUUAUAGGAAGCAAUUUAUAUGAGGGUGACUUAGAAUGGAAAAUAAGAUUCUCUCCCUAUGGGAUUCCAGUUUUGCCACUUGUGGCACCAUGCAGCUCAUGUUGACAGCUGUGGAAAUUCAGUACAGGGUACAAUACGGUGACCAAGACUCAGGCCGGCUCUACCAUUAGGCGGAAUGAGGUUCACCACCACAGUUCAUAUACAUGAACUAUUUGUUUCAGUGUAGCCCUUGCCUUCAAUUCAGGUAGCCUUCAACAGGAGCCUGCAAUAAGCUUAAAUAUAUAACCCCCCUCCAGCGUGUAACAGGUGGUAACUCUGUAAAGAAACUGUUGGUUUUUACACAGCUAUAGGUAUGAGAUAUUUUCUUCCUCCUCCAAUUCAACUGUCAGCAUCUCCCCGUGUCUCCAGGAUCAGAACCAGCUGCCUGUCUCAGUCUUGGAAAGAGCUCAGACGCAAAUCCAUGCAGGUAAGGAUAAAAAGAUAAUGGCAGCACUUCUCCAGGAAAUAUAAUGUUGGUGCAAUGAUUCUUUUUAGCAGCUGUUUUGGUGAGAUUUGAUGGGAAAGGGUGUGUAUAUGUUGAAAGUCCCAUUAGUUGAGUGUAUUGUGGGAGAAUGAUGUCAAAAUACAAACAUCGGUCUCUUUUGUUUGUGUGAACAGGGUGCGAAAAGGAAGCUGGAAUUUCCAUGUGGAUUUACGUUUUGCUGGGAAAUCUGCUACGUGGAAUUGGGGAAACCCCUAUCCAGCCUUUGGGUAUUGCGUACAUUGAUGACCACGCCACAGAAGAGAGCGCAGCCUUUUACAUUGGUAUUUUGUUUUUCAAACCAGGUCGUAUUUCUUCUCGUUUCUCCCUCUGUCAUACCAGAUGGUUUGUCCAUUCUUAUUGACCAGGUCUGGGACACGGGUGGCACUGUGAGUUAAACCACAGAGCCUAGGACUUGCCAAUCAGAAGGUCAGCAGUACGAAUCCCCGCGACGGGGUGAGCUCCCGUUGCUCGGUCCCUGCCCCUGCCAACCUAGCAGCUCGAAAGCACGUCAAAGUGCAAGUAGAUAAAUAGGUACUGCUCCGGCGGGAAGGUAAACGGCAUUGCCGUGCGCAGCUCUGGUUCGCCAGAAGCAGCUUAGUCAUGCUGGCCACAUGACCCAGAAGUUGUACGCCGGCUCCCUCGGCCAAUAAAGCGAGAUGAGCGCCGCAACCCCAGAGUCGGCCACGACUGGACCUAAUGGUCAGGGGUCCCUUUACCUUUAUAUUGACCAGGUCAAAGUGUAACUUUUCAGUCUAAUGUGCCUGUUCUGCUUCCUUUUCUCAGGGUGUGUGCAGACGGUUGCAAUAAUAGGCCCCAUCUUUGGCUUCCUCCUGGGAUCCUUAUGCGCCACACUGUAUGUUGACAUCGGCUUUGUAGACAUGGGUGAGUCUGAGCAAGGCUGCAAUGAGUCUGUUGAACACAUCCCAAUCUCUGAGGUGGGUUUGGCUGAAAGGCCCUGGGUCGUCCAGCGAGCUUCGUGGCCAAGUGGAGAUUUGAACCCUGGUCUCCUCCGUCCUAGUCUUGACACUCUGACCACUGAACUGUUCCUACUGGUAGCUGACGUCUUCAUUUCUUCCUCCCCAGAUAGCAUAAGCAUAACUCACAAGGACUCCCAAUGGGUAGGAGCUUGGUGGCUUGGCUAUUUAAUAGCCGGGGUGGUCAGCAUCCUUGCCGCUAUCCCUUUCUGGUUCUUACCGAAACAUCUUCCAAGACCAGACACCCGAAAGGAUUCCAGCACUUCCUCUGAGCAGUCCAAGUUCAUCAACGAAGAUAACAGAGAACACCGCAUCACCUACCAGGAGCAAGUGAAGUUUCUCGAGAUGGCUAGAGGUGAGGCCAUGUGGCUGGUGAAUUGAGUCACAUUCAGACUUUAUAAAAUCUCUUUUUUUCAAAUCAGCUAGUUUGGUAACAGUCUCUACUAAUUACCCUGCCUUGCUUUCCUACCCUUGGGUGAUGAACCAUCAAAUGAGCACAUUGAGGAUGUGGCUGAACCACAUUGCAUUGAGCUUAGUGUGUGUUGGAACAUUCUGAAUCCUGCGAGGUCUUUGAAAACAAUUUUGCAUUGCAUGUUGUUUUCCAGUCACUUUGUCAACAGCAGGCCACCGUUUUGUUUUCCAGAUUUCCUGCCGUCACUGAAAAGCCUCUUUGGGAAUCCAGUGUAUUUUUUAUACCUCUGCUCCAGCAUCACCCAGUUCAAUUCUCUCAUUGGUAUGGUGACUUACAAAGCAAAAUACAUUGAGCAGCAGUUUGGGCAAUCAUCUUCGAAGACCAAUUUUGUCAUAGGUAUGAAUGCCGUGCUUUCUCAAAAUGAUACCGUAUAACAUGCCCCCGUGUAUAAGAUGCCCCCUACUUUGGGGGACUACAAAUUAAGAAAAUAAGGGGAGAUUGCCCUUACCGUCUGUUCCCUCGCCGGUAGAAGCCAGCAGUUGUCUGCCCAAUUGAUGCAGCAGCAGCCAAUCAACAACAACCCUUGCCGCAGCCACCAAUAGCACACCCAAUAUCCACUGACAAUCUCCGGAUCGUGGCAGCAGCCAAUCACACGUCCCCCCAUGCACUAUCUGUGUAUAAGACAAGCCCAAAUUUUUAACCUUAUUUUUUAGUAAAAAAACCCACCUCGUCUGAUACACAGAAAAGUACGGCAUGUAAAAAGAUGCCACUCUGUGCUAGCUUUGCUGAAUGGAAGCUAGGUAUGGAAACAAAGCCUGGUUUUCAGGUUAGAGCUUUCUUUGGAUAUUUCAAAGGCUGCAGAAUUGUGAGGCAAACAUGGAGCUUCUUAUAUAUACCAAGGGUUGCAGCCCAUGCUAGUUCUCUUCAAAAUGCACCCAACUGAAAUUAAUAGCCCUGAUGGACUUGGGUCCAUUAAUUUUAGUGGAUCUGCUUUGAGCAGAACUUAGUUGGAUGCAACCCAAGCGUUUUAUUUUUGGACCAGCUGCGUUACACUUUGUUGUUCUCGUUCCUCGAAGAUGGAAGUUGGAAUUUCUUGGCAUGGCACCUAUUCAACUAGUAUAAUCUGCGAGUGCUGUUUAGGAGGAGAAAAGGCACUCAGGAGCAAUUAUUGCCCAUAGCACAGUGCCUUCCAUUGUAUGUCAAGCUUUUCUUAGUGCUAAGCCGCUAGCUAUGUGUGAAACAAUUUAAGAUUAUGCAAAGCAGAGGAAGUGCCACUUGAGAAGAAUAGGCAAAAGGUUUAUUGCUGUUACUAUAGGACAACAGUCACUGAUCUGGUGCCCUCCAGACUUUUUGGACUGUUGACCAUGCUGGCUGGGGCUGAUGGGAGUUAUAGCUCAAGACAUCCAGUAGGGACGGGUUUGGCAAAGACUGCUAUAGCAUAAUAAUGCAAGACACCCAGACAGGUCCCGAUAUGUUGUCUUUGGGCAGUAGGGAGAUGAGAGGGGAUCGGGGGUGGAGAAAAAAUGGUCCGCCUCAGAUAUUUCCACAUUCAGCAACUAUAAAAGUAUAUUAAAACUAGAGGGGGUGCCCAGUGCUACCAAAACAUAUUGUGAUUUUUAAAUGGACCAUAUUUUUCGCGCCAUAAGAUGCACCUGACCAUAAGAUGGACCUAGUUUUUAGAGGGGGAAUGCAAGAAAAAAAAUAUUUUUAAAGGGAGCGCUGAGCAGAGCCUGUAUGCAUUCCAGGCUCUGCUCAGCGCUCCCUUUCACAAGCUGCAUGGAGCAUGUGUGUGGCGCUUGUAGGCUUUUCCCCAGGGGAGAGAAAAGCCCCCAAGAGCUGCACACAUGCUCCACGCGGCUCGUGAAAGGGAGUGUGACUCUUGGGGGCUUUUCCAGGAGGUGGGGGAAGGGACUGAGGGGCUGCCCUCUGUCCCUUCCCCCACCUCCUGCAAAAGCCCCCAAGAGCCGCGCACCCUUUAAAGAGUGCGCGGCUCUUGCGGGCUUUUCCCCAAGGAGGGAGAAGGGACUGACGUGGCCACGCUCUCAAGGGCUUUUCCCGCCUGCCUCCCGCCUGCGUUCGCUCCAUAAGGCGCACACACAUUUCCCCUUCCUUUUAGGAGAGAAAAAGUGUGUCUUAUGGAGCGAAAAAUACGGUAAUUUAUAAGCUUGGACCCAUCGUGCCAAAGAAAGGAGUGAAGUCAGACCAAAGUCACCAUCUUGAAUCAAAAUGGCGCCUGGGAUCCAAACUUCAAUUAUCCUCUAGUGCAGGCAUGUCCAACUUCCAAGAGACUGCGAUCUACUCCCACUUUUAAAAAACUGGCAGUAAUCUACCCAUCAAAGUUGUUGAGAGUUUUUUGGGGGGGAUCAACCUGUUGGACCAACUCCAGCCCUCCCAGCUUCUCUAUUUGACCCUGAGAACUCCCCCCAGGCCACAUUUCUUACUUGCUGUGUUUCAUACCCUCUCUGAACCUUUCUUCCUGGCUGGAAUGUGUCUUAACUCUGUUAAAAUGCUAGUUGCUUGCCUGGGUAGAGACUAGAGAAGGGCCUCUGAGUGUGUGCAGGAACUCGACUAUUGCAUAAAGGCAAAACUGACAUGAUUUGCUCCACGAGCGUUUCCCUCUGGGUCCAAUUCAGAAGGUAUUCAAUACCAAAAUCAUGUACAAGUGCAAUACGGAAUGUGUCUCAAAGCCAAAUGACCAUUCAUUCAAUAAAGAGAACUGAAUGAUUUUUACACAGCUGAGGCACUGCUACUGCAAUUUGGGUGAUUGAGGCACUCCCGGGGAUGUGAAUAGGUCCCCCCCAGUCUGCGGAUUAUCCUUUAGCAACAAGUACACUUGCAGGAAAUCAGCCCUGAGUGAUCACUGGAAGGACAGAUCCUGAAGCUGAGGCUCCAAUACUUUGGCCACCUCAUGAGAAGAGAAGACUCCCUGGAAACGACCCUGAUGUUGGGAAAGGGCACAAGGAGAAGGGGACGACAGAGGACGAGAUGGUUGGACAGUGUUCUCGAAGCUACCAGCAUGAGUUUGACCAAACUGCGGGAGGCAGUGGAAGACAGAAGUGCCUGGCGUGCUCUGGUCCAUGGGGUCACAAAGAGUCGGACACAACUAAACAACAACACCACUUGUAGAGAUUCUUUGCUCUUUAUUGAAUGAAUAACACUCAUACACUUGUACCUGAUUUUGAUAUUGCAUGCAUUAUGUAAAGACUAUAUUUAACGAAACGGACACUUGGUGGAAUGUAAAUGUCUUAUUUUUACAUUUUGCCUUUGGGAAAUUCUAUAUAAUUACAUACAGAAUUAUGUGAGCCGUGUUUCUGUAUUUCUCUAUAUUCCUUUGUGUUGUGUUCCUACGGAAGGAGCAGUAACUGGUACUGGCUGCUUUUUAAAUUUUUUAUUGGGCUACCAGAAUUUUUCAGGGGAAUUAUGUAGGUUGCAAAAAACGAGACCACACCGUAUUGAUUUUCCUCUUUGUUUGAGGGGCUGUAGGUCUCAUCAAUAUCCCUGCUGUGGCUUUGGGGAUAUUCUCCGGAGGGCUGAUCAUGAAGAAAUUCAGGCUGAACGUUUUGGGGGCAGCCAAGUUGUCCCUGGGAUCCUCUUUCUUUGGCUACCUCCUCCUGCUGCUGCUGUUUGCCAUCGGCUGCAAGAAUGUUGACGUGGCAGGCCUGACCGUCUCCUACAAAGGGUAUGUUCAACUGGGCAGGGCUGGGGAGUGGCUAUGGUGAAAUCCUGUUCUAAAUGGGCUUUCAAGAGCACCUCCUUCUUAUACAGUGGUACCUCUGGUUGUGAACGGGAUCCAUUCCAGAGGCCCGUUCGCAACAUGAAAAGAGCACAACCCGUAGCGGUGCAGCUGCACAUGCGCGGUUGCGAUUCGCCACUUCUGUGCAUGCGCGAGUGGCGAAACCCGGAAGUAACCCUUUCCGGUACUUCCGGGUCGCUGCGGGACGUAACCUGAAAGAACGUAACAUGAAGCGGACGUAACAUGAGUUAUGACUGUACUUGUGUGGACUAACUUGACCGCUUUGAUCUAGGGAACUCACAGCUUUCCAAGUGCCUCAUCACUUUCAAUCUGCACUGGCAAGAACUUAUUUUUCAUUAGUGUAGCGGCACCUGCUCUCUCGAACUCCCUGCCUUUUGAGAUUAGGCAAAUGCCUUCAUUGUAGUGUUUUUGAUGUCUGCAAAAAACGGUUCAGGUUAGCUUACCAAUACAUGUGCUUUUAUUACAUACAUGUGUUUUUAAAAAAUCUGUGGAUUUUAUCUAUAUUUAUUUUAUGAUUUUCUUGCUGUUUUUAAUGAAUAUUUUGUAACUGCUUAGAGAUAGGGUUUUGCUUUUUUCUGAUUCAGUGGUAUAUAAAUUUUAGUAAAUAAAUAAAAAACCCGCUUUGGAAAUAUACUGCAGCUAAUGUGCUGCUUUUCACUGCUACUAAAGUUUCCUUUAGGAACUGCAGCACACAGAGCUGAUAUGUGUGGGAUCUACCGGUUGUGUUCUCAGCCAUGUGAAUUUUUCAGACAGUCUUAGUACCAGCACCAUGCAUUUAGAGCACUCUUGUACCACUUUAAGGGAAAACAUGUCAUGCUCCUUCUGGGGUAGUUCGUCCACCUUUGGUCCCCAUCCUGCACUCCACUGAGCCCUCACCUGUGGCUCCUAGAAGCUGUCAGCAUGCAACAACACAGGAAGGGCUUCGACUGGGCAGCUAAUCAAGUGAGGGUAGCUAAUAGGUAUUGAACUCUUGAUGAGUUAGGGCAGGCACCCCCAAACUCAGCCCUCCAGAUGUUUUAUAAUAAUAAUAAUAAUAAUAAUAAUUUUUUAUUUAUACCCCACCCUUCCUGGUUCAAAAACCGGGCUCAGAGCAGCUAACAACAAAUUUAAAACACUUAAAAACACUUAAUUAUAAAAGCAGCAUAAAAUAUAGUAUAAAAUACAAUUAAAAAAUUAAAAAUCAAUUAGAUAAUCCCCAGGGCUACAGUUUUUUGGGGGGACUACAAUUCCCAUCAUUCCUGACCACUGGUCCUGUUAGCUGGGGAUGAUGGGAGUUGUAGUCCCAAAAGAUAUGGAGGGCCAAGUUUGGGGAGUUAGGGGCUUCCCCUGCAUGCAUGACAGAUGUAGUGGAUGAGACCAAUAGUGGGUCCAACAUUUAAGACAGUGGUUUCUGCAUAUCCUGCAGAGGGAAAUGAGGAGCAGAUGGGGCUUGUCAACCUGGAAAUGUAGCCCAUCUAGGAGAAGGAAAACUCUAAUCCUCAACCUCCUUCGCCUUAUCUAAAGAGUAAACUCUGCACAAAUCUGGAGUGGAGUCCCUAAGACGUUUGGAUGGUGCCUUGUACGCCUCCUUCUGGCAACUCCUGCAGCCAAGUUGGUGCCAAAUGUCUUGCUCUGCUUUCCUUUGGAUCACAUCAGCAAGGUUGAGAGAGGGGGUCUUGUCAUAUGGGCAAUCCAAGACUUCCAUACACACUUCCAAGGCUUGCACCCCAGGAAGGUCACUUUGGUGCUGCUAAUGCAGCAAUUUGAUUUCACCCUCAGAGGCUCACUCCAUUGCCUAUCAAGACAGACAGAUGCCAACAAUUGUUGUUGUUGUUGUUUAGUAGUUUAGUCAUGUCCGACUCUUUGUGACCCCAUGGACCAGAGCACGCCAGGCACUCCUGUCUUCCACUGCCUCCCGCAGUUUGGUCAAACUCAUGCUGGUAGCUUCGAAAACACUGUCCAACCAUCUCGUCCUCUGUCAUCCCCUUCUCCUUGUGCCCUCCAUCUUUCCCAACAUCAGGGUCUUUUCCAGGGACUCUUCUCUUCCCAUGAGGUGGCCAAAGUAUUGGAGUCUCAGCUUCAGGAUCUGUCCUUCCAGUGAGCACUCAGGGCUGAUUUCCUUCAGAAUGGAUAGGUUUGGUCUUCUUGCAGUCCAUGGGACUCUCAAGAGUCUUCUCCAGCACCAUAAUUCAAAAGCAUCCAUUCUUUGGCAAUCAGCCCUCUUUAUCGUCCAGCUCUCACUUCCAUACAUCGCUACUGGGAAAACCAUAGCUUUAACUAUAUGGACCUUUGUUGGCAAGGUGAUGUCUCUGCUUUUUAAAAAAGUCACUGCUUCCCUCAAAGAAUUCUAGGAGCUGUUGUUUGUUAAGGGUGCUGCCAAGAGCUACAAGGAAACCCCUAUUCCCCUCACGGAGCUACAAUUCCCCGAGUUCCCUGGGAAGAGGGGUUGAUUGUUAAAUCCCUCUGGGAAUUGUGACUCUGUGAGGGGAAUAGGGGCCUCCGCACAAUUCUCCGCACUCUCAGCAAACUACAAUUCCCUGGAUUGUUUUGGGGAAGGUAUAACUCUUUAAAGUGGUAUUUCAUUGCUUUAAAUGUACAGAGCAGAAGGGGCUUUAGUUAGACGGUAAAUAGCUUUUCAAAAGAUGCCCCCCCCCCAUACACACAUUAUAUAAGCCUUCUAAAAUUCUGACUCCGGGAUCAGUAUCCCAAAAGGAAAAACGAUUUCCUCAUCCAACCCCUGGUCUCAUAAACACAGCCUCUGGUGUACUGGAGAUGUUAGCAUCUGUGCCUUCAGAGAGGUUGAUGACAGCGCCUGGAACAGUAAACAUGGAAAAGCUUUUCUCGGAUAAAAGGAUGUCAUGUCCUUGAAAGCAGGCUUGUUGAGCAUGUUCGACAUUAGAGGCGGGGGACAAGGAAACAGAGCUUGAAUCAAUAUCCAGUCCAUAGGCCUUCCUGUAAUCUUUUGAAAGGUUGUGGUAAUCACUGUUGGCAGUGACCCCAUCAAAAGAGACUAAUAUAGAGUGUCACAUGGCUUUGCAGAGCUGCUAUUGGCCAUUCUUCGAUGAAGCACUAUUUCUGGAGUAUUUUCUGAUAACCUCUGCAGCCUAGUCCUAGACAUUCAUAGCCCUGUGCACCUAGAGCCAGGCGUAAGGAAACUUUUUGACUAGAUAAAGACUGGUUCCCACCCCACAGACAAACACUGACAGGUGGGCUGUGAAACCCACUUGUCAAUCGUGCAAUGCCAUGAUGACAUCAUAUACUGUAAAAAUCCCUUGUGUGGAUUUGGCGCUGCCUAGUGGACAACUGGGAACCACAGUACAAGGGGCAGAAUUCCCCAGGCACUGCUUGUUAAAACAGAUUUGGUAAUUGUAUUCCUGUGAGGGGAAUUUAUUGUUGUUGUUUAGUCGUGUCCGACUCUUCGUGACUCCAUGGACCAGAGCAUGCCAGGCACUCCUGUCUUCCACUGCCUCCCGCAGUUUGGUCAAACUUAUGUUAGUAGCUUCAAGAACAUUGUCCAACCAUCUCAUCCUCUGUCGUCCCCUUCUCCUUGUGCCCUCAAUCUUUCCCAGCAUCAGGGCCUUUUCCAGGGAGUCUUCUCUUCUCAUGAGGUGGCCAAAGUAUUGGAGCCUCAGCUUCAGGAUCUGUCCUUCCAGUGAGCACUCGGGGCUGAUUUCCUUCAGAAUGGAUAGGUUUGAUCUUCUUGCAGUCCAUGGGACUCUCAAGAGUCUCCUCCAGCCCCAUAAUUCAAAAGCAUCAAUUCUUCGGCAAUCAGCCUUCUUUAUGGUCCAGCUCUCACUUCCAUACAUCACUACUGGGAAAACCAUAGCUUUAACUUUACGGACCUUUGUUGGGAAUGUGAUGUCUAGGAGCAACCAAACAACUCUCAGAACCCUUAACAAACUACACCUCCCAGAAUUCUUUGGGAUAAGCCAAGACUGUUUAAAGUUGUAUCAUCACAAUUUAAAUGUUUGGUGUGAAUGGGGCCGUCAAUGAAAUUAUGGGCACCUAGCACACCAUUGUUUUCUUUUAGAAAACAGGUGGAAGACAUGCUUUUUUCCAUCAGGCUUUUGGAUGUGGAGAACAUCAAGGGUUGGAAUUUUAUGAAUAGUUUGCUGCUGUUUUUACGGGUUGUAUUGAAAAGUUUGCUUUUCAGUUCUUGUGUAGUUCUUGUGGCUUUGUGUCGCAAACUGCCCCACAGCCUUUGGGUGAAGGACUAUAGCUGCGUCUGUUUUGGAUGCAGAAGUUCAAGUUCAAUCCAUGACAUCUCCAGGUGGCACUGGGAAAGAUAACACUGAUGAGCCACUGCCAGCCAGUGUUGACAGUACUGAUCUAGAUCAGCCAAUGGCCUGACUCCAUAUGAGACACCUUCCUCUGUAUAUUAAUCAAUUACAUUUCCGUUGACCACGCUGGCUGGGGAUAAUGGUUACUGGAGUCUGCAAUGUUGCCCACUUCUUUUUUUUAAUAUUUUUUAUCUUGCUUUAAACAAAUACAGAUAAAUAUAAACAACCAAGAUUACAAAAGAAAAAUCCUUUAUAUUAAUAAUGGAAAAGGCUAAAAAACUACAAAAAAUAUCAAAGUACAUGGCAUAGAACAUAAGCCAUUAUGGGAAAGAAAAAAGGAAAAGGAAAGGAGAAGGAAGGAAGAAGAAAAAGGGGGAAAGAAAAAAAAGGGGGGAAUGAUCCAAAACACAAGAAGGCUCAUCUAUUGUACGUCAAGGUCACAAAAGAUCAUUAUUCUUAUCAAUUCUCUCUAUCUGCAUUCCAUAGAAUCCCUCAUCUUGGUUUCAGAGAACAUUUCCCUAUGCGGUAUCAUUCUAAACAUAACCAGGUCUUUAUUGAUGAACCCUUAUCCCCAAGAUAAUUAUUUAAACAUUCCCAUUCUUCGUUCACCACCUUUUUAGGUUUAUCUCUUAUUGCAUCUGUCAGCUUCGCGAGCUCCAAGUACUCGUACAAUUUGACUACCCAUUCAUCUUUGUGGUUGCCCACUUAUUUCUGUGACAUAAGUGGAAAUUCAGUGACUAUUGGGUUGUAUCCAAUGGAGUAUUAGUGGCAAGGAGAAUUCUCCCCUCCUCCUUCCAUACACAGACACAGCUUGCUGAGUGGGGCAUAGCUGCUAUGCUAUCUUUUUGGCUGGUGAGUCCCUGUUGCUUACCAGGUGGGAGGCUGUGGGGAGGUCAGCGCGGUGCAAAAGCACCCGGAGGACUGCGGGACUGGCUCCUCCAGUGCAUUUGCACCGUGCAGACCUCUUUGCUGUCUUCCUCUUCUUCCUCCUCUUCUUCUUUCUGGAGAGCCCAAAAGUUUGCAUAGUGGCUGCACCCCACCUGCAGAGCUGCUUCUGUCCCCACAGCAGCCUCCUGCAGCCUCCGUAAAGCUUCUCCUAAUUAUUUUCCCUUCCCCUUUCUCCAGCCACAAACAGGUGGAACGAACUCUGUUUUCGGAGUGCAACUCGGGCUGCAUCUGCUCCAAGAAUGAAUGGGAUCCCAUAUGCGGGGAAAACGGAAUCACCUACAUCUCGGCUUGCCUUGCUGGUUGCAAAACAUCCAAUGGAAGUGGGAAAGACAUGGUAAGUGGCUUCUUUCUGACUGGUCCUUCCUCUACUUUGAUAAGUAAAGGACCAAUUCACAUGUUUUUGCAAUGUGCUAUACUCACAAAGUUUUGGGAGAAAACGGUGAAUUAUAUAAAUAUGACUGCACAAAAAAAGCUAAAAUUUUCAGAGGAUAAUAUUUUUUUGAACUACAUACCUGCUAUAUCGAAUUAGACAACUGGACAAUGUCAAUGGAUUCUCUGUGACCUUACUGUGGUCAAAAGGUCAAUGUUGCUGCAUUGGAAAAAUAAAAGUGUAUGGUUCCAUUUAUUCAGUGGAUUGUAGGCAUGACUACGCUUGCCACCUAUGAGUGGAUUGCUUAUAGAUGUAGACUUUCCAUGAAUAAUAAUAAUAAUAAUAAUAAUAAUAAUAAUAAUAAUGUAUUUGUAUCCCGCCCUCCCCAGCUGAAGCCGGGCUCAGAGCGGCUAACAACAGUAAAAUAAUACAACAUUCUAAAAUCAUUUCAUUAUAAAAUCAGUUCAAAUCAAAUUAAUGACAACCAUUGGGCUAGAGUUCUGUGAGGAUUGCCAAAGGACGGGGUCAGGCUGUUCCCUGGCCAAAGGCCUGGUGGAACAGCUCUGUCUUGCAGGCCCUGCGGAAAGAUGUCAAGUCCCGCAAGGCCCUAGUCUCCUGUGACAGAGCGUUCCACCAGAUUGGAGCCACAGCUGAAAAAGCCCUGGCUCUGGUUGAGGCCAGCUUAACCUCCCUGCGGCCCGGGACCUCCAAGAUGUUUUUGUUUGAAGACCGUAAGGUCUUCUGUGGGACACACCAGGAGAGGCGGUCCCGUAAGUGAAUUUGGAACUCAUUUCUAUGAAAUGCAGUAGGUGAAAAUGGUAAUUGUUAACAGUUAACAAUUGGUAUAGUGAUCUACUACACCUUUUUGCAUUUUUCUUUCUUCGCUGAAAAAACAACACCGCUUUUCAUGUGUUAUAUUUAAAUUCAAUUUAAUUUUUUUUAAGUAAAGGAACAAUUCUCACAACCUUUCUCAUGCUCAUUUGCAAUGAUGGAAUCAAGCUGGCUCCAGGUCAAGUACUAGCUCCCAACAUGGAAUUGCAAAUGUCAGGAAUCAAAAGGGCUGACAACCCCCCCUUUUUUUUACAAGAACAGUUGGACCAGUGGCAGUCAGAUACAGAGGGUAGAGUGAGACUGCAGCUCACACACAUACACCCCACCACACCUCCUGUUCUCCAGAACGUCCUCUUCGUAGUCUGCUGCCUUGGUGGUCUUUGUGCUCUGCUUAUAAAUGUCACCAGCCCUACUGCCCUAGCAUCAGGGACUGGACUGAAGGGGACAAGAUUGAGGAGGAAUGGUGGAGCUGGCCCCUGCCUCACUUCUCUUCCCGAAGCUUCCAGAGAAGAGGAAAGCAGUAUUGAAUUACAGCAGUGGUUCGAGGAAGGUCACAGCUCAGAGACAGGCAGAGACAGAAGAGUUGGGAGGUGUUGGGAGAAGACAAGCUGAGAGUAUUUCUGACCCCCCUUCUCCCAGAACCCAGCGUUCAUUGAGAGUGCAAGAGCAAAGGACUCAGAGACAAUUAGCCCCUGGUGGCCACCAUAAGGGCAAGUGCUGUUGCUAGGAAAGGAGGGAGCAGGAACUCAGUUGGAGCAACACCAUUAACGGGAGACUGACUGCAUUCCUUUGUCUCUCACUGUGAUGAUUGAAUAAACUCAUUAGUAAGAACUCUACUUUGUUUUUCUCUGCUUCUUGCUGCCACUGGGGGAGGGAUAGAAUUCCCCGAAGCCUGACACCUAGCUAAGAAAGGAAAGAAAAAUGGUUGUCCAUGUCUGCUGAUGCAACAUCAUAAGGUUUUUUAUUGGUGAGGGGAGGUACCCAUCAAAGUGGAAUAGGAUGUAGGAUCCACCAUACUGAGGUUGGUUAGACCUAGAGGGCACCUUGCUGAAGAUCCCUUAUAAGUGGCACUGGCCCUGCCCAGACCAGGUUGAUUCCACCCUGCCCUAUAGCCAUGGAUGGCCAUCUGUCAUGGUUGCUUUAGUUGAGAUUCCUGCAUUGCAGUGAAUUGGACUAGAUGACCCUCAGGAUCCCUUAUGAUUCUAUGAUUUCAGCACAAUGUAGCUCAUAUCUGUGCUUGUUUCGGCACCUCUCCCCAUUGCAAGUCCAUUGGUUGGAUCCAGAGACAUGGAUAAGACACAGUCAGCUCCUGUGAUGGAUGGAGUGGGUGCCAAUCUCUGCUCCCCACUUCUCUGUGACCCCUAAAAAAUUGUUACGGAGGGGCCCUCAAACAUUGUUGGAAAUGGCGUUCGUGAGGAACAUGGAAACAGCACCUCUGCUGUAUCAAACCUGAUUUCAUUCCUGGAAAGACAACUUUCUUGAAUAGAAGGACAUUUUUGAAUCCAGCCCGCUUUGACCUUAGUCAAAUGUGAUCGCGUCAAGCUGUAAUGUCAGGACUUUUGCAAAAGUGUAUUGCUACCUGAACUCGUCGCUGUGGCCCUUCUAGCAUUCAAAAACUUCUCACAGUGUUUGGGAAUGUUUUGCUUUUUAAACUGUUAGGAACAAUGUGCUGGUUUUACAGUGGUACCUCGGGUUGAGUACUUAAUUCGUUCCGGAGGUCCAUACUUAACCUGAAACUGUUCUUAACCUGAAGCACCACUUUAGCUAAUGGGGCCUCCUGCUGCCGCCGCACUGCCAGACCACGAUUUCUGUUCUCCUCCUGAAGCAAAGUUCUUAACCUGAAGCACUAUUUCUGGGUUAGCGGAGUCUGUAACCUGAAGCGUAUGUAACCCGAAGCGUACGUAACCCGAGGUACCACUGUAUUCUUAUUUUUUUAAAGGCCUUGAUUUUCUGUAACUUGGUCCAUGAUUAGCCUUGCAUGUCAUAUUCACCAUACACCAGUUUCUGAACCCACAUUUUUACGUGCUUCGUUCCAGAUAUUUUAUAACUGCAGCUGUGUGGGGAUCACGGAAUUGUCGUCAAGGCAGUCUUCAGCUGUGAUGGGACCGUGCCAAAAAGGAAACGAAUGCCCCAAAAUGUUCCUCUAUUUUCUGGUUGUAUCAGUAAUCACAUCUUUCACCCUGUCCAUUGGAGGGACUCCUGGAUACAUUUUACUCCUACGGUGAAUAGCUGAGUCGUUCCCACUAAACGCAAUACAUAUCCCCAAGCGCUAAAGGGAAUUAUGUAGGAAUGGAAAUUUAGCAGGAGUGGACAGAUCAGUCUAUGACUAUGUCAUUGUCUCAUGUGCUCAUUGAUUCCAUCCUAUUUCAGCAUUAAUCUGCAUUUUGUGUGUGUCAUAUUUAUGUAUAUUAUUUAUAUAACACACAUACAUUCACAUGCAUACAUGAUUUUUCAAAAACUUAAUUUAAAUAUGUAAAAAAAAAAAUUAUCUCAUUGCACACAGUUGACAACAUAUUUUAUCCUAAAAUGUGUGCUUUAAUGCUUUGUGGUAACUUUUUUCCUUAAGCAUCCUUUGCCAUUGGUGUCAAAUUCCCCCUCCUCAACAGCUAGCCCAAAAGUAGAGCACCUGAUCUUUGUCUAGCAGAGGGCCUGAGGUCCCCCAGAUUUUCUUGGACUUAAGUUCCCACCAUCUCUAACUGUUGGCUGAGCCAACUGGGGCUUAUGGGAGGUGGGCUCCAGCAACACCUGGAGGGCAACAGGUCUUCCAGCUGGGAUCUAGUGGAACUUGCCUGAUGUUGACAUGAUGGUUUUCUGCAUUUUUGACAUGAGAAGUUGAGUCAGACCAUUGGUCCAUCAACUCAGCACUUAUCUACCCUAGGGUUUCCCAAACAUGGGCUUCCAGCUGUUUUUUGGGCUACAGUUCUCAUCAUCCCUCACCACUGGUCCUGCUAAUUAGGAGUGAUGGGAGUUGUAGUCCAACAACAGCUGGAGACCCAAGUUUGGGAAACUCUAAUCUACACUGGUGGAACGCGGGUGGCGCUGUGGGUUAAACCACAGAGCCUAGGACUUUCAGAUCAGAAAGUCGGCGGUUCAAAUCCCCAUGACGGGGUGAGCUCCCGUUGCUCGGUCCCUGCUCCUGCCAACCUAGCAGUUUGAAAGCACGUCAAAGUGCAAGUAGAUAAAUAGGUACCACUCCAGUGGGAAGGUAAACAGCGUUUACGUAUGCUGCUCUGGUUUGCCAGAAGCGGCUUAGUCAUGCUGGCCACGUGACCCGGAAGCUGUAUGCGGGCUCCCUCGGCCAAUAAAGCGAGAUGAGUGCCGCAACCCCAGAGUCGGCCACGACUGGACCUAAUGGUCAGGGGCCCCUUUACCUUUACCUUUAAUCUACACUGACUGAAAGUGGUUCUCCUGGAUUUCAAGCUGGGUUCUCUCCCAGCCCUACCUGCAGAUGCUGGGGAUUGAACCUGGAGCUUUCUGUAUGCAAGACAGAUGCUCUACUGGCAUAUCCAACUCCCAAGAGACUGUGACUUUUUGUACACGAUAAGGAUCCUGUGAUCUACUAGGAUCAGCUGGGCAUCUACCAGUAGAUCACAAUCUACUGGUUGGACAUCCCUGCUCUACCACUUAAGUUACAGCGCUUCCAGCAUUCCAUAUCAGUGGCUAUCAGUAGAAAGUGGGGCAGGAAACCACAAAACAUUUUGUAUUUAUUUAUUCAUUUCAUUAAAUUUAAGCGCCACUUGAUUGCAAAACAAAAACAAAAACAGCAACCCCUCAAAGCGUUACACCGAAAGCUAAAACAAGAAAGCUGAGAGAAAAUUACAACCCUGCUUAUGAAGGUAAAAUACUGAAGCUUAUUAAGAGUACCUCAACUUUCUAAGGCUUUCUAAGGCUUGUCAAAACGAGAAUGUCUUUAGCAGGCACAGAAAAGAGGUCAGUGAAGGCACCUGCUUGGUAUCAAUAGGCAGAGAGUUCCAAAGUUUAGGGCAUGCCACACUAAACGAUUGAGUUCUUACAAAUGCGGAACAUUGUGGGGCUGUGAGGCAAAUAAGGUCUGCGAACUUGAAAACAAUGCUGCCGAGUGAAAGCCAGGCAUUUAUAGUAAAGGUAAAGGACCCCUGGACGGUUAACUCCAGCCAAAGGUGACUAUGGGGUGCGGCAUUCAUCUCGCUUUCAGGCCAAGGGAGCCGGCGUUUGUCUGCAGACAGCUUUCCGGGUCAUGUGGCCAGCGUGACUAAACUGCUUCUGGCGCAACGGAACACUGUGACAGAAACCAGAGCACACAGAAAUGCCAUUUACCUUCCUGCCGGAGCGGUACCUAUUUAUCUACUUGCACUGGCGUGCUUUCGAACUACUAGGUUGGCAGGAGCUGGGACUGAGCAAUGGGAGCUCACCCCAUCGUGGAAAUUCGAACCACCGACCUUCUGAUCAGCAAGCCCAAGAGGCACAGUGGUUUAGACCACAGCUCCACCCACGUUCCUAGGCAUUUGUAGGAACAAGGGCUGAACCUACCAAGUCAAAAUCUCUCAUUAUAGGCCUUCACUAAAUGUAUGGGUAUCGGGGGUGGAGCUAGCCGAGUGCAACAUUAGGGGCAGGGGCAGAGGGAGAUCCCUUGGUCUUCUUUUGCAUGCAAGUGUCUUACAGCCAUAUAAUAGGUUCACAGAGUUUCUGUUACUGGGAUUUGCAAGGGGGAGGGUUAAUAUCGCAUCUGAGCCGCCAUUGGGCGAUACCAACAUUCUAUCCACAUUGUCGAAUGUGUGCUGUUUCCUAGGUCCCUGAUUUGCAGGUGCACCUGAUAAGCUGAUCAAAGUUUUACUGCAGGUGGUACAUUUCUUUUGUUACCGUCUGCAAGAUUGGGAAAUGCCCCAAUCCCUCCUCUUUUAAAUUUGAAGGCUUUCUUCGGCUGUGGAAGCUUUCUGGUUUUAAAUUAAGCAUUUGGGAUUUAAAAAAGACUAGCAGACCACCUGAUGGAAGCCGGUUUCUGAAAAUAUUUCUUCAUAUUAGAUCUGAGAAGGGGGGGAGGGGGGUUAAUAAUGUUGAACUUCCAAGUGUAAUUCAUCUUAGAAUCCUAAAGGUGGCAGUAUAAUGCCAAGACUAACUCCUGGGAUUUUUAAAGGGGAGGAAAUUUUAUUUAAAGAUAUAGCGUAUAUGAAAAGGUUUAUGCAGAUGUAGAAGUGCAAACGCCCCGAUAAAUUAUUGGUUAAAAAUUAGAAUGUAAAGGAAUCACAUCCUUUUCAUUAUACUGCCAUAUACAGGAAUAUAAAGCAGAUCCAACAAGCCUGAUGCCUGCCUACCCCUGGCUAGAGUUUACUAGCUUCUCCAACCCUCUUUCCACCCCUGCAAGCCUCUCUCACUUUCUUUGCUGAGUCACAACCGUCCUGGAAAAAGUACAGGCAGUUCCUCCUUGAGAUAAGCACACCUUUGCAACUAAGUUCCCGCAACAAUAUGUUUUGAACGUCAUGCCUUUUAUAAAUGAAGGUUUUGUGCUUCGUGUAUUUCAGAUGCAUCAACCCACACCUCAAAUCUUUUGCAUUGGGCAUCUACACUUUAGCCAUCCGAGUUCUUGGUAAGUAUGAGUCAGACUUUGCGUCUCCCUGGCAUUUAUUCGUUUGUUGCAUUUAUCGUUGUUGUUAAUUUAAUUUGUACGCUGCCCGUCACCCGCAGGCCUCAGGGCGGUUCGCAACAGCACCCAUUGGCAUAGCUGUCAACGUUUCCCAUUUUUUAAGGGAAACUCCCUUAUUCCGAAUGGGAUUCCUUGCAAGAAAAGGGAAAAGUUGACAGAUAUGCCCAUUGGAGGAUUUGCAGUGCCACAUCAUGACUCUGGAUUUGCAUGAAGUCACCUUAGUGGCUGCAUGGGGUGGGAAGGGGGAAGCUCGGGGGGGGUGUCAAUCUCAGGGUUGUGGGUUCAAGUGAUACAUUGAGCAAAAGAUUCCUGCAUUGCAGGGGCUUGGAUGAGAUGAUCCACACCGUCCCUUCCAACUCUCCAAUUCUACAUAUGACUCUAUGAAUGGCAGGGGAGUUGAUGGGCAGAGUGAGCCGGGACAUGACCCCUAAUAUUUAUCUGUUUUUCUUUGUACAGCAGGGAUCCCGGCUCCAGUGUACUUUGGAGUCUCAAUAGACACAACAUGCCUCAAAUGGGGAAGCAAAAGGUGUGGAGGUCAGGGAGCUUGCAGGCUGUACGAUUCGAAUGCAUUCAGGUAACUACAUUUGAUAUUUCUAUUCUGCAUUUGUAACUCUCUUCAGAAUCUUCUCUUAAGGUAAAGGGACCCCUGACCAUUAGGUCCAGUCAUGGACGACUCUGGGAUUGCAGCGCUCAUCUGCUUUAUUGGCCGAGGGAGCCGGCGUACAGCUUCCGGGUCAUGUGGCCAGCAUGACUAAGCUGCUUCUGGCGAACCAGAGCAGCACACGGAAAUGCCAUUUACCUUCCCGACGGAGCGGUACCUAUUUAUCUACUUGCACUAUGACUUGCUUUCGAAUUGCUAAGUUGGCAGGAGCAGGGACCGAGCAACGGGAGCUCACCCCGUCGCGGGGAUUCAAACCACCGACCUUCUGAUCGGCAAGUCCUAGGCUCUGUGGUUUAACCCACGGCACCACCCGCGUCCCUUCAGAAUCAUCUUGUAGUUCAGUGAUAACUGGAGAACCUAGAUCCUUUGGGAAUCAGCCGUCAGUAGGUUGCUGGUCGCCUCUGAUGUUAUAGAGGAUGUGAAUAAGCAAGAGGAGUCCCCUCUGGCUGCCAUUGGCUUAGCUGCUCUGAAGUCACAGAAGGGCAUGGCAGCCUACAUCUAAGCCAGCUAAAUGCUGAUAGAGACCUGGAGGACUCUAAAUUCUAAGGCCUUUAAAUUCUAAGGUCAACAAGCAAUUUCUGCUAAAUUAAGGGUUGCCCACAGUUCAUGGCCUUACAAAUAUCAUGUUCUUAGCACAAAGUGGGUGGUUGCCUGUAAAUGGGAAAGCCAUUUAGCAGGCAAGCAUUUGCUUAAUUCUAUUGAUGUGGAAUAUGUUUUUCAAAUUACCUGGAGCAUGCCUGAUGAAGCUGGUCUCUCAGCAGAGUUGGUGGAAGGGUGUGCUGUAAAUGACCUUGCAAGAAAAACAGAGUGCAAUUCAUAUUGAUUCAGACCAUACACAGAACAAUGGAAUUGUUUUAUUGUGUGUUCUCAGUAUGGAUCUUUACUUCUUGAUGCUUGUGUAACUGGGUUUUUUCUACCUGUAAACUUCUCAGAAGCUCAUUCUAAUAAUAAUAAAAAUAAUGAUCGUAAUCAAUAGUAAUCACAAUCAACAAAAUAUAACAAUUAUAUUAAAAUUAGUUUAUAAUUAAUAAAUACAAUAAACAAUAGCAAUUUUAUUACCAUUAACUAAUAAUAAAUAAUGCUUGUUAAUUAUGAAUAAUAAUUAAUAACAGCAGCAACACCAAUACAUAAUAAUAUGUAUAUAUAUAUAUGUUAUAUAUUCAACUCGAACCAAUGGUUUCAAGAAAGGAGAUUCCGACUUAACAUCAGGAAAAACUUUCUGACAGUAAGAGCUGUUUGACAGUACAACUGACUCCCUUGGAAGCUGGUGAUUCUGCUUUUUUGGAGGUUUUUAAGCAGAGGUUGGAUGGUCCUCUCUCAUGAUGCUAUAGCUGAGAUUCCUGCAUUGCAGAGGGUUGGACUAGAAGACCCUCGGGGUCCCUUCCAACUCUAGAAUUUUAUGAUUCUAUGGUUCUAAUAUCGCAUCUGAGAAUUAGCGCUAAGGCAAAUCCAUAUUUUAUGGUAAUUCAGGUAAUUAUGAGUUUUGGCAACACAACCAAGCAAAGAAGCACCAGUGCAAGUAAUGGAUUCAAAAUUCUUCUUGCCUCACAGGUAUAUCUAUCUGGGCUUGACUGUUGUUCUAGGCACCAUGUCUACCUUCUUAAGUGUUGCUGUCUUGAUCAUCCUGAAGAAAAGAUACACCCCACACAACGAAACCAUCCCAGCCAUUGGAGAGAGAGAGAGCACCUCUGUUAAAAGCAGGAAAAGCGACUUCGUCAAUAGUGACCACGUGAUUCAGACAACCUACUGGCCAGAGAAAGAAACUCGACUUUAGGAAGACUCAGUGUAUUUUCAAGCGGUCUCUCUUCCAAUGUGGAAAAUUCUGGCCUACGUUUCAUUAUAAGUUAACGUGUUUGAAUGAGAGAGCUGGGUGGGCGGGCACAACUUUUUGCUAAAUACAAUAACCUUCCAAACACCUUUCUAGAACUUGUAGAGGCCUUUAAAAAUGCAAUAUUGCAUUUGCCUUUCUCAAAAUGCAGAACAAAACUAUUCCUUCUCCACAUGAAACAAAAAUAUGGCUUGAUGUAUGCAGCAUUCCUUGAGAGAAUCUUCCGUUUGGAGUGGUUUUGGCUGGUUUGCCAUCUCAGCACGACUGAGAAACCAUUGUGCCAUUGUAGCAAUUGCUCCCAAUUAUUAUUAUUAUUAUUCUGUUGAUGUUGAAGAGCAGGGACAAGAAACUUCCAGCGCUCCAGAUGUUGUUGAACUACAACUACCAUGAUCCCUGGCCACUGACCAUGGGGGUGAUGGGAAGUGAAGUCCAACAAUAUCUGGCACACCAAAGACUCCCCCCCCCCCCCGUUUUACAGGGCAAAAUGUCAACUCCGAGGCACUCAUAGGAUGACGAUUGCUCACUGCUACACUUAAAAGGUAGGGCAAGCAUCUUAGAAGCCUUCUGCGUCUGAGUGAAUUCAGCCUAUGGUGGACUACUUAGCUGUCUAAUCAACUUAUUUUUUGGGUUUGGUUUCAUAUAGCACUCAGUAUGGCGGCCAGGAGGGAGAUGGGGAAGGGCAAGGCAGUGGGGAGGUCAGCGCGGUGCAAACACACUGACAGGAGCACUGGCUUGGCUCCACUGGGGUGUUUGCACCGCAAUAGCAUCUCCGACACCUCAUAGCUCAUCAUCCCACUAAGCUGCAGCAAUUCCGCUGCCCAGAAGCUAUCGUUGCAGCUCUGCCCCACCUGACGAGCAGCUCCUGUGGAGAGGGUAGAUGCAAUGUAUCAACCCUUCUUCUGCAAUAGGUCGUCAUAUCAUUCUUUGAAAAAAGAAGACUGGCAUUUUAAUCCCAAACCUUACUAUUAAGUAAGGACCGACUCGCAACUGAACAUGGCUAGGUCAGGCUGAUUAGGAAAUAACUUCUUUGACUCUCCUCCAGGCAGCUUGAAGGGCAGCUAUUAUACUCCAGAUAUUUGGAAGGGUUUGGGUGACUUUUUGGUGUGGUUUAUUGGGGGAUGGGGGUGUCUGCUGCUAACUAACAAUGCAAUUUACAAUCUGGGUUGUGUACAGUAUAUACUUUACUCCAAAUACAUAAAUAAGCAACACAAUUCUCUUUCAAAGUAACCCAGCUUCUUUCUAAGAAAAGUUGCGUUCUAUUUUUUUUUUUAAUAAUUUUUUAUUAAGGUUUUAAACAAACAAAAAAGAAAAACAACACACACACAAAACAAUACAAAACUUAACAAUAUAAACACAAAGCCAUUAACUGCUUCCUUUCCAUUACCAAUUUUAAAUUACUUAUUUUCUGGACUUCCUCACUCUCUUUGUAUCUCCAACUACAUUUAUUUAUCCAGCAGUUUUUCCACUUUUAAUCCCACCCAGACUUAAUAAAAUGUUAAAUAUAUAACUUCAACUCUUUUAAACCUAAUCCUUGAUCUUAAUAUCCUGUAACUUUAAAGUUUUCCCUUUAAAAUCAAAUUUCAUUUCUUUAAACUUUUAAUCUUAAUCUAUCCUUAACUUAACCUAUGUAGCUGGAAACCAUCAUUUUCAGUCCAACAUCACUCUAACAUUCUUAAUUUGCAGUGUUUCUAAGAGGCCUGAAUUUCUUCCAGUCUUCCAUCACUCUUCUCCUGGUCACGGAUUCUGCCAGUCAUUUCCCGCCAAUUCCCAUAGUCCAUAAGUUUCCAUCUGCCAUUCCUCCAGCGUGAAGUUUUGUGUCUUCCAAUACUUUGCGAGAUUCUUGCUGCUGUUGUUGCAUACAUAAAGAAAGUUCUAUCUCACACCAUUUAAUAUGCCCAGGAGAAAGGCCCUGGUUUCUUAGGGAAGGUAUACUUAAAUACCUUUUAAUUCAUUAUAUAUCAUUUCCAGAAAGCCUUAAUCUUGGGCACGCCCACCAAAGGGUGUGAGUACACCUUCAAUUUCUUUACAUUUAAUAUCGUUAUCAAGUAAGUUUGACUUAAGCAUGUACUCACCUGUAUCAUUUUCAUAAUAUUCUUAAGGCAUUACAUGCCGUAAACCUCAUACCUGUGGUCCAUAACUGUCUCAGUCAGUAUCACAGACCAACGUCCCAGCCCAUUUAACAUAGCCGAUUUUAAUUGCUUAUCUUGAGUAUUCCAUUAGCAGCAAGUUAUACAUUCUGACAAAUUCUAGUAUUGCUCAAUAAUUUACUUCUAAUUUGACUCUUCCACUGGAAGCCAAUUUUCCUGUCCAAUUUAAAUACCUCCAUUAUUUGAUAAUAAUGAAGCCAGUCUUGCACUUUGUUUUUAGUUUUUCAAAACUCUGCAUUUUCUGUCUAUCUCCGUCUUGUUCAAAAUUUCCCAAUAUUUCUGUGCCAUUUGACCUCCAUAUUGACUUUUUCAAGGUUAUUUCAUUACUGGAAACAAAGCCACAGCCUCUAUUGCAACGCAAAUUUGCACGUAUUUUACUAUUAUACAUAAAGGAUUGCACUUUCAUAAUUUACAGUCUGAUCCCAUAAUGUUUAUUCACAUGAAGGUCAGUGGGGCUUAUUAGCAAGCAAUUAUUCAUAGGAUUGCUGCCUUAAUCAUUGUGAGGGACAGGAAGCCACUAGAUCACUGAAUCUUCUGAUUGGGGGUAGGAAAUGACUGAGAACAUUUUGGUGGGUGGGGUGACCUGGGGUGCCCAAUAAAUCCCCCCCCCUUUGUACAUUUUUUUAAAAAAGCUUUGUAGUUGUUCCAAGCAGCUGGGAAACCUUUUAUUU